UCCGCCAUUGUUGGAGUAGCUUGCCAUGUGAUUAAUGAAGGUGUAAAGAGAAAAGGACUUUACGUCCUCAAAAGACGCCAACUACUGCCGAGAACUUGCUUUAAUUACCAUGCUUAUAUGCUCCAGAAAAUCUAGUCUUAAUACUGCUUAGAAAUAUCAGAGAAAAAUUGGUGAAAAUGGCGAAAAGAAAGCGUGAAAGUCAAGGGUCGAGUGCUGAAGUUGAUUCUGGCGCGAAAAAACCUGAUGAAAACCCUGAACAAGAAAGCAGUGCUUCUGCCGUUGGAAGAGAGAGAAAACGAAGGAAAUUAUCUUCUACAAAGAGUAGUGAUCCGGCUGACAUUUGUGCCGAGCUGUAUGAUGUAAUACGCAAUUACAGGACAGAUGAUGGCAAGGUCUUGUGUGAGUCAUUAAUCAGGGUGCCAAAGAGAAGGAGCAGUCCAGAGUAUUAUGAGGUUAUAUCAAGCCCCAUUGAUUUGUUAAAGAUACAGCAAAGGCUAAAAACAGAUGAAUAUGAAGACAUAGAGACAUUCAGCCAAGAUGUUGAGCUUCUACUGGAGAAUGCUAUGAGAUUCUACAAACCAGAUUCACAGGAAUAUAAGGAUGCGGAGGAACUCAAAAAUGUUUUCAAUGAGAAAAAGGAAAUACUUUUGAGUACAAAAGAUGAAGCUGAGUCAGAUAAUGCCAUUGAGGAGGAAGAGGAUGGCGAUGAAGAUAAAGGUAGUGAUUCUGGGUCAGUGGACAAGGACAAAUCUGAAAAGAAAUGGAAGCCAGGAAAUAAGCAAGCCAAGAAAACAUCAGGGGAUGAUGAUGAUAUUGAGUCAUCRUCAACAGAAGGUGAUUUAUCCAGUGCCAACAAGCAGUUCUUUGAAGAUAUGGUGGGUGCUGUUCUUGAACAAAAGGAUAGUCAUGGACGGAUUAUCUGUGAGCUCUUUAAACGACUUCCCCCAAAGGAUCUUUAUCCAGAGUAUUAUGAAGUCAUCAAUGAACCAAUUGAUUUAAAGUCUAUCUGCUCAAGAGUUAGGAGUAAUUACUACACUGCUGUAGAUGACUUGGAAAAGGACUUGCUGUUGAUGGUUAAAAAUGCACAUACUUUUAAUGAACCAGGAUCACAAGUCUACAAGGAUGCUUCAACGAUCAAGAAACUGAUCCAAACUAAAAAGGCAGAAAUAGACCACACCGUGAUGGGUGCAAAAUCAAGCUCCAGGCUCAAAGCAAGGCGUAGCACAGGUCAAUUUAGCUCAGCAGUUUCUGCUCUACUGGAAGAGGAAGAUGACCAAGCCAUGUACCAAGUUGACCCAUCAAGAGAGGAACAGCCCUAUGGUUAUGAGGACACUUCUAAUCAAGGUGAUGAGGAUACGGGUGGUGAUGAUGAUUUGGACAAUCCACUGAUGAUGCUGUUUAAUGAGGUGUACAAAUUUACUGAUGUUACUGGAAGACCUCUGAUUGAACCUUUCCUUAGACUACCAUCACGCAGAGCAUAUCCUGAUUACUAUGAAGUUAUCAAGAAGCCAAUAGCCAUGAUGAAAAUCAGAUCACAGAUCAAGAGUGGUCUUUAUGAAACUGUAGAGGCACUUCAAGAUGACAUAGAACUGUGCUUCACUAAUGCACAGACAUACAAUGAACCUAACUCUAUGCUAUACAAGGAUGCAGAGAGAAUGCUUGAACAGGCUAGAAAGAAAAAAGUGGAAAUCCUAAAGAUGAUUGAGGAAAAAGGAAUCAAUCUGGAAGAUUUUCUUAAGAAAAAGAAGAAAUUCAAGAAGUCGAUAGACCCAUCUGAAAGCCAGCCCGUGGAAGAGGUCCCUGAGAUAGAACAACCUGUAGUACCUGAAAUAAAACAAAUGAAAGAAAUGAAGAAGAAAAAGAAAGUUACUGCUGAUGGGAAGGAAAAACUGAAGAAGAAGAAAGGAGAGGAAGUGGAUCCACUUGUGUUGAAGAAGAGAAUGAGACAAUUGUCUAAGGCUGUUACCAAUUACCAGGAUGAAAGUGGACGGUACCUUUCUACAAUCUUUAUGGACUUGCCCUCAUCUGAGGAAUAUCCAGAUUACUACAAAGUCAUAUCCGAACCUGUGUGCCUGAGUCAAAUAGAAGUCAAUAUAAGGGAUAAUAAGUAUUCAUCAGAAGAAGAAUUGUUACUUGACUUUGAAGUAAUGUUUGAUAAUGCCAGGUACUACAACGAAGAAGACUCCCAAGUAUAUCAGGACGCCUGUGUGUUAGAGAAAGUACUGAAAAAGAAAAGAAAAGCUCUAGGACCAAUACAUCCUGUGGCUCCAGAACCAAUAACAUCUUCUCAUUCUCCGGCUGGAGGCAAAGUGUCAACCCCAACAAAAUCUGGCAGAAUUUCGACCUCGCCAGGAGCUGCAAGAAAGUAUUACCAAGUGCCGUCUGCAACAAAUGAACUAAAGGAGCUGUGCAAAGAGCUCAUGGUCGCUGUCAAAGACUGUACAGAUAUGAGUGGUCGACAGUUAUGUCUCAUCUUCCAAAAGCUGCCUUCAAGAGUUGAAUAUCCAGACUACUAUACCCUAAUCAAGAAGCCAAUAGACAUGGCCAAGAUCCAAUCCAAGUUAAAUGCAGAUCAGUAUCAGACAUUAGAUGACUUUAUGGCUGACUUCCAUCUGAUGUUUGAUAAUGCCUGUAGAUACAAUGAGCCUGACUCACAGGUCUAUAAGGAUGCUCUUAGUCUACUUAGAGCACUGUUAAGAAAGAAAGCAGAGUUAGUAGGUGAUGAGAAUAAGAUCCCUGAUGUCCCUAUGUUGGUCCACAAGGUUUUGAUUUCUCUCUAUGAGGCUACUAUGCAGCAUGUCGAUGCUGAAGGAAGGUGCUUCAGUGACUCCCUAGUGGAGGUGUCAGUAAAACGGGCUGGAUUUAAGCUUACCCUGGAAAUCAUAGGGGAAAACCUCAGAAAAGGGUUUUACAAAAGACUAGACAAGCUUCAAGAAGAUAUAUUUGCUAUCUUUGAGAAAGUAAGAAAGAAUAGCAGAUCAGACUGUGAGAUGUAUGACGAUGCUGUUGAACUCCAAGUUUUCUUUGUUACACUUCGGGACAAGAUGUGCAAGGAUGGUGAAAGAUUCAUUUCUCCAGCUCUUCUUGUCACAAGGCGUCACCUUGUCCAGGAGCUUGACGAGGAGAGAAAAAAGAAAGCAGAGAUYGAUGCGCAGGAAGAUGAGAAAUUGAAAGCUCAGGAGAAGAAGGAUGACAAAGAAAUGGGAAUGGAAUCUACUGCUGAAUCUGGUGUGAAAGAACUGUUUUUGGGUGAAACACAGUACUCUGUGGGGGAUUUUGUUUAUGUUGAACCAAGAGAAGAGAAACUCCAUCCUCAUGUGGUCCAGAUUGAGAAGCUUUGGACAGACACAACUGGAGAAAAGUGGUUGUACGGUAACUGGUAUUACCAUCCAGAAGAAACAUUCCAUUUGGCAACUAGAAAAUUCCUGGAAAAGGAAGUAUUCAAAAGUGAUUAUUACUCACCGUCAAAGCUGAACAAAGUACUUGGCAAGUGCCAUGUCAUGAUGGUCAAGGACUAUUUGAAACAGAAACCAAAGAAUUUCAAAGAUGAGGAUGUUUAUGUCUGUGAAUCAAGAUACUCUGUAAGAACUAAAGCCUUCAAGAAGAUCAAGGUGUGGCCAACACAUGGUAGUCAGGUAAGCAUGGUGGCUAGAGAAACUCCACUCAUCCCAAAGAGGGUGCCAUCUGUUUUUGCAUCUAAAGAACAGAAGCUAGCAGAAGCUAUGGAUACUGAUGAGAGUGAUGAGUUGGAAACAGACUUCAGUAAGAAUGUAGUUCUUGAGAACUAUCCCAAUGCAGAAAUGGGAUGUGUUUAUUAUGAGCAAUUCUGUCUUGGGGAUGUGUCUUAUAAAUUAGGUGACUGUGUAUACUUGAGAUCAGAUGAAGAUUAUUUGUACAUUUCAAGGAUUGACCGUCUCUGGACAGACAAAAAUGGCAACACAUGGCUUCAUGGACCAUGGUUCAUAGGCCCUGGUGAGACUCAACAUCUUCCAUCCAAGAUGUUCCAUGAACAGGAAGUCUACCUGAGCUCCUUGGAAGAGAGUUCAUCAUUCAACAACAUUGUUGGGAAGUGUAUGGUUCUCUCAAUCAGGGACUACGUUAGAUGCCGCCCAACAGAAAUACCAGAAAAAGAUAUUUAUUUGAAUGAAGCUCGUUAUGAUGAAGAGGAAGGACAGUUUCGUAAACUCAAGGGAUUAAAGAGGUACUCCCUUUCUAUCAACUGUUAUGAAGAAGAGUUCUACUACUUUGAAGAAGCUAUUUCUCCUCUAAAGGUCCCAUCACCUCUGUUGUUUGAAGACCAAGAUAUGAUGGCUGCAGGCAACCACAGCACCUCCCCUGCAGCUGCAUUGGACUCAACAGAAACUGGAAAGAGACCUAAGAAACCACGCAGUCAAUCUGCCUACCUUCUGUUUGCUUAUGAGAAGAGAUUAGCACUCAGGAAAGAACACCCUGAGUAUGUAUUUGGUGAGAUCAGCCGGGUUAUUGGAGAAGAGUGGCGUAAUGCAACUGCAGCAGUGAAGGCAGAGUAUGAAUCCAAGGCCCAGCUACAGCUAAGCCAAGUAGAUGAGAGUUCACACAGAUCACAACAGUUAUCCAGUAGUAUGUUUGUGUAUGACUGCAUGUGGCGUGGAUGUGACUAUCAGUAUGAGGAUCUUCAAGACUUGAGAGUACAUGUAUUGGACAGCUAUAACCAUCUUAAGAAAGCUGAGGAUGGUUUGUACCACUGUUUCUGGAGCACAUGUACUCGAGAACGACGAGGGCUUCGGCCAUUCAACUCUAGCRCCAAGCUUUUCCGGCAUUGCAGAGAAAUUCAUCUGAUUGGACCACCAAGGAUUGUAGCACCUCAAGAUCGCAGCAAGAACUACUUCCCAAGACACCAGGCUGCUCUUCUUGAACCAGAGGCCAACCCGUCCCCACCUCCACCAAGAAUCUCCACCCCCUCUACUCCUGUUUCCAUGGGGAUGCCRUCAGGAGGGUUGGGUGGAUCCACUAUGGGUUUGAACCAGGGUUCUUCGCAAGGCAUGCCAGCACCUAAUCAAUACAUGACAGGACGGAUAACCCCACAAGCCAUGCAGCAAGCUAUGUACAGUGGUACCAAUAACACAUCCAGUCCAUUCAACCAACAAGCUAUGCAACAAAAUACCUCCAUGAUACAAAGACAGAUGCCAAUGGGUGGCAGCGUCGGGAUGAACAUGAACUUGGCUAACCAACCAAUGGCACAGCAGCAAGGUCAAUCCCCUGGCUACCAACAGCAGUACAACCAAAACCAGCAAUUCAACUUCCAGCAACAGAUGAACCCCUUAAAUCAAAUGAGUCAGAUGACCCCAGGUCAACCACAGGUAUCCCAGAUAAACCCAUUAGCACAAAUGAACCAAAUGAGUCAAUUCCAGACCCAGCCUGUUACAAACCAACAUCAACAACAAGCUCAGCCUCAGCCUACUACUCAGCACCAGACCCCUGUGCUGCAGCCAUCAGUGCCGCAUGAGGUGCCUGUUCCUGUAUUCGUAGCUCCUCCAGCAAAGCCUCAACGUCUUCAUCACUCAGAAGCUUAUCUCAGAUACAUUGAGGGACUGCGGGAUGGUAAUCCUCACAUGAGCAACUGGAAUCAAGCCCGCAAACCAGACGCAAGUACAAUGACACCGCAGCAGAUAGCGCAACUUCCUGUACAUUGGUUAGGGAAUGGGUAUGGAGAUUAUGAGAACCCUGUAGAUGCUUUAUGGGCCCUUAAAGAACACAUGAUGAGAGAUGCACUUUCAUUAUCACGCACCGGGGAAAACUAAAUCUACAUUUUCGCACUUCAUACUAAUCCCUUUUUAGUUUUUUAAAGGCAAUGGGUAUGGAGACUAUAUGAAACCUGGUAGAUGCUUUAUGAGCCCUUAAAGAACACGAGAGAUGCACUUUCAUUAUCAAGUACCAGGGAAAGCUAAAGCAAUGUUUUCACAGUUAGUUCAUACUAAUCUUUUUUUUAGAUUUUAAGGGGGAGGAGAGUGUUCUUUUUUAGUCACACUAUGAUAUUGCGUUUUAGAUUCUUGGGUACUAAAAGAACACUUGAUAAGAGAUGCUCUUUCCUUAUCAUGCAAAGGGAAAAAUAAACCAGCAUUUUCUCAGCAGGCUCUUAUUCACCCAUACRAGCUUAAGAAGCAUGUUCUUUUAAUCGUGCUAUAGAGCAUAUUGUAGUUUGCCUCUCCACCUUAAAGGUUGGGUUCCUUUUUUAUUCGAAAAUAUCUGCUAUGAAAGACAGUUGUAUUUUGAUAAAUCUGCAGGGGCAAAAGCCUUUUAUAUAUUAUCCAUAACACAUCCAUGAAGCUAAGAAAUUUUACUGCAUGCGCAUUAUGCUUUUUUAGUUUUCAAGUUAUUUAUUGUUUUUGUUAAGUUUUGUUUGGGCAACAGUUUUUGUUCUUCUGGACCUCUGCCAUGGGACAAAGAUUUCAUUCAUAGAGGCAUACGAAGCAACUUUUGAAGCAACUUAAAAGGCUUUCACACGAUUGGAUUAUUUAUACUUUUUUGUAUUCUGAUUGGUUGAGGUGGAAGCCAUAUGAGGUCUACUGUACUGUGUAAUCAUACUAAUACUUGUACUUUGUAGUUUCUCUUUUGUAUGUUUUUUAAGCGUCAUGUUUUUAUACAUCACAUGUAGAUCCCAAGCCAUUUUGUAGUACAARCUGCUCAAAUACUCAGGACAAUUUAGGUAGAAAACACAUUUUACAAGCCCUUUUCAGCGUCCUCAUAUUGUAUAAAAGCUGUUAAGAUUUAAAAAAUGCUAUUAAAAUCUGCAUUUUUAUGAUUCAA